AAAGAGCAAUAAUAAAAAGAAAAAGAUUUUCUCAAUUCAAACGCAAAGAAGACCGACCGACCCACCCUCCCACUCGCUACCUUCUACAAUGGCGGAAAAGCUUGACCGAUGGACUCUAAUGACGCCGGCUUUGUUAACCCUACUCUGUUCGAUGGGUUUUCUGAUGACUCCGGCCACAGCUAUUUGGUUGACCAUUCCCAACACGGGAACUAAGUGCGUUUCUGAGGAAAUACAAUCCAACGUCGUCGUUUUGGCCGAUUACUACGUCGUUCAUGACGCCCUAGAUGUCAAUCACGAUCAACCUCACCUCCCUACCAUUUCUGCUCGGGUUACAUCACCCUAUGGAAACAAUCUACACCACCUGGAAAAUGUCACUCAAGGUCAGUUUGCCUUUACAACAACAGAGAGUGGAAAUUACUUGGCUUGUUUCUGGAUGGAUGGCAAAUCACCGGAGGCAUCAAGCUUCAGUGUUAGUCUAGACUGGAGAACCGGAAUUGCAGCCAAGGAUUGGGAAUCGGUUGCCAGGAAGGAAAAGAUUGAGGGUGUAGAACUGGAGCUCAGGAAACUUGAAGGUAUUGUAGAUUCUAUUAGAGAGAAUCUAGUUUAUCUCAAGAACAGAGAAGCAGAGAUGAGGGAAGUAAGCGAAAAAACGAACGCAAGAGUCGCUUGGUUUAGUAUCAUGUCCCUUGGUGUGUGCAUUUUUGUCUCAGGUCUGCAAUUGUGGCACUUGAAGCGCUUCUUCCGAAAGAAGAAGCUUAUAUAGAUUUCUACUUCUCAUUGGUUUCCUGAUACAAAUAUUAUGGUAGAAGAUGAAAUGGUGGGGAAAGGGAGCAGAAGUGCGUACUCUAAUUAUUCUUUAACUCCGGGAGUAAAAAUGUUUGUUUGAAAAGUUUAUAGUUUCCCGGAUAUGGGGAAUAAGUAGAAAUACAGAAUUUUAACAGGUGUCUUUACAGUGUUAGUUUUUGUGACUUUACCCCUUGUCAUUGAUUUUUUAUUAUCUUUGGACUUUAUGGAGAAUGUAUUGAUAUACCCUUCGGUGACCCCCUUGAAAUGGCCACACAUGUAAGAUUAUGAUUUGAUUUUCA